UCUAGCGGCCGGUUGCCGUAAGCAACAGUGUCCGGACGUUUCGCUUCCGGGUCCCGUCUGAAGCGCCGGGGUUUUCAGUGCUCGCUGUCGUGUGGACCCUGCAGUCGUGCGUAAGUGCCGGUUUUUGUGAUGUAUCACCGGCCCGUGCUGAAGAACAGGCGCACUCUCCUCGAGAGGGCAGAGAAAUUCGUCUCUGAUGUUUAUUUCGCAGACUGCAACCUGAGAGGGCGACUCUAUGGAGACUCUUGCCCGCUGGAAUCCCUCUCCUCCUUCUUGUCCCCUAAACGGAUCACAUUCACAGAAGCUUCCAAGCAGAACUUUGCACCUUAUCAAGUUGGCGAUACCUUUGGACCGACGUGGUGGACCUGCUGGUUUAAGGUGUCCCUGAAAAUCCCUGAGUCCUGGAGAGGGAAAGAGGUUCAUCUUCUGUGGGAGAGUGAUGGGGAAGCCAUGGUAUGGAGAGAUGGACAGCCAGUUCAGGGCCUGACUAAAGAGGGUGAAAAGACGAGUUACAUCCUUUCUGAAUGUCUGAAAGAUGAGGAGCCACACAGUGUCACCCUUUAUGUGGAGAUGGCCUGUAAUGGGCUUUUUGGAGCUGGUCAAGGGUCCUUUAUUGCAGCUCCAGAGCCCAACAGGACGUUUUCUGUACAGAGAGCUGAGCUAGUGGUAUUUAACCAGGAUGUAAGGGAGCUGCUGACUGAUUUUGAGAUGCUCAUUGACAUUGUGAAGGAACUAGGGGAGGGAGCGCAGCGAGGCUACCAGGCCCUCUUCACUGUAAAUGAGAUGGUCAACCUCUGUGACCCCUCUGACCCCAGCUCUUUCUCCAAAACACACAGUCUGGCUCACAAUUUCUUCAACCAGCGGAAUGGACAAAGCCAGCACACUGCCCAUGCAAUGGGUCACUGCCACAUAGACUCAGCCUGGCUGUGGCCUUAUGAAGAGACCAUCCGCAAAUGUGGCCGAAGUUGGGUGACAGUGAUCCGUUUAAUGGAGAAGAACCCAGAGUUUGUGUUUACUUGCUCUCAGGCCCAGCAGUUCCAGUGGGUAAAGACCUGGUACCCAGGACUCUUCUCCCAGAUCCAGCAUUUUGUGAAGAAAGGCCAGUUCAUUCCAGUUGGAGGAACGUGGGUGGAAAUGGAUGGAAACCUGCCCUCAGGUGAGUCCAUGGUCAGGCAGUUCCUGGAGGGUCAGCGCUUCUUUAGCCAAGAGUUUGGGAUCCAUUGCAAAGAGUUCUGGCUUCCAGAUACAUUCGGCUACUCUGCCCAACUUCCUCAGAUAAUGCAGGGUUGUGGCAUUUCCAACUUUUUGACUCAGAAGCUGAGCUGGAACCUAGUCAACACCUUUCCUCACAACACAUUUUUCUGGGAAGGUCUGGAUGGAUCCAAGGUUUUAACACACUUUCCACCGGGGAAUUCCUAUGAAAUGAAGGGCAAGGUUGAAGACCUUGUGAAAACAAUGACGAAUAACAAAGACAAAGGCAGAGCCAACCACAGUGCAGUGCUGUUUGGUUAUGGUGACGGCGGCGGCGGACCCACACAGUUGAUGAUAGACAGGCUGCACCGGGUCCAGGACACGGAUGGGCUACCCAGAGUCCAGACGUCUACUCCGGAAAUGCUUUUCUCUCAGCUUCGCGCUGACUCCGCUCUGCUGUGCACUUGGACCGGAGAGCUCUUCCUUGAGCUGCACAAUGGCACCUACACCACACAGGCACAGAUUAAACGAGGGAACCGCCAGUGUGAGACCCUCCUUCAUGACGUGGAGAUAGCCAGCAGUUUGGCGCUGUGUCGGGAAAAGACAUUUAAAUAUCCUGUGGAGAAACUGCAGGAGCUCUGGAGGCUGCUACUUCUGAACCAGUUCCAUGAUGUGAUCCCUGGCAGCUGCAUAGAGAUGGUUGUGGAGGAUGCACUCAGGCAUUAUGAAGAUAUCCGUAGCGAUGGCGGCGCACUGCUCCGUGAUGCGUGUGGAGCACUGGGGUCCAAAGGGAACAGUGCUGGCGUGUUCAACUCUCUGCCAUGGGAGCGCCACGAAGUCAUCCAGAUUCAAGAUGAGGCUGGUAACCCUGAUCUUGCUCUGGUGAGAGUUCCCAGUGUCGGUUUAUCUCCUGUCAGAGACACACACCCUUUGGCUCCAGUCUCUGUCACUGUCCAGGCUGACGGCACCGUCGUCAUGGAGAAUGGGAUUUUAGAGACUGUCGUAGCCAAAGAUGGCACUUUGGCCUCCCUCUAUUUGCUCAGUGCAAACAGAGAGGCCAUCUCUGACAGCUGUCACGGGAACCAGUUUGUCAUGUUCGAUGACGUCCCCCUGUACUGGGAUGCUUGGGAUGUAAUGGACUACCAUCUUCAGACAAGGAAGCCAGUGCUGGAGGUGGUGCAGCCUGUUCAUGUGGUGUCCUCAGGUGGUCUACGAGGCAGUGUAAGCUUCACCCUCAGGAUCAGUGACAAAAGCACUAUCACACAGGAGAUUGUCAUGGAUGCCGUUUGUCCUUACAUCAAAUUCAACACAGAGGUGAAGUGGGCAGAGUCACACAAGUUUCUCAAGGUGGAAUUCCCAGUGCGAGUGCGCAACCCCAAUGCUACGUAUGAGAUCCAGUUCGGCCAUCUGCAGAGACCCACACACCGGAACACUUCAUGGGACUGGGCCAGAUUUGAGGUUUGGGGUCACAAGUGGGCCGACUUCUCGGAGCACAACUUUGGAGUCGCACUGCUGAAUGACUGCAAAUACGGCUAUUCAGUCCACAAGAACACAAUGACGCUGUCCCUACUGAGAGCACCUAAGGCCCCUGAUGCCAAUGCUGACAUGGGGACUCACCGUUUCACCUAUGCAAUCAUGCCACACACAGGAUCCUUCCAAGACGCCUCUGUAAUCCGGUGUGCGUACAACCUCAAUUUCCCUCUGAGGUUAAUCCAGUGCACUCCUGACGCUGUGCCCUGGAGUGCCUUUUCCGUCAGCACUGAAGCAGUCAUCCUGGAAACCAUUAAACAGGCAGAGGACCGGAAGGGGGCACUUGUAGUCCGACUCUUUGAGUCACAUGGGAGCAGCGUGACCGCAACUCUCCGCGCCACCAUUCCAGUGAGGGAGGCCUGGCAUUGUGACCUCUUGGAGAGACAGGACCCCACCAAGCCAGCAUACAUUAUGUCAGAGGGAAUCACUCUGAACUUUAGCCCCUUCCAAAUUGUGUCACUUCUCCUCAUCCUGUGAUUGCCAAGUCUCAGGGUGAUCACAUUUGUAAUACAGAUUAAAUGUGUGAUGGAGGGAAUUAAAUGAAGUACAAAUCGAGGAUUCAGACAAUAAUAGGACAGUCAGUCCAGUAAAGACAACGGUCCUGAAGGUGGAAUAUAGUUAAACGCGGGGUUGGUCAGGGGACUUAUGAAUUUAGAAUUGUUUGAUACUGAAUGAGGCACAUCCAUUUGAGGUACACAUUGUUGCCAAAUCAAACACUUGCAGAACUUUUGUAGAAACAUGUUUUAUUAAAAAACUUUUAAUAGUAUAAAAACAUAAAAAUGGUCCCAUAUGGCGAUGCCUCCCCUUUUUUCUCCCCAUUUUUAUUUGCUGCUGUUUCUGGUAAUUCUGCUGCUCCGCCUCUGUGAGCCUGUAACAAAGAGGACUUAUUAGAACGAAAUUCCCCUAAUACAAAAAACUUGUUUCAUUUGAGAGAAUAUCAAGAGCUCACCUGCAGUUGGCUCUGCACUGCUGCUCUUCCUCCUACGUGCAUUUGCUCUAUUUUCAUGAGGAGGUGUGUCUACUUCCCGAGCCUUUUGAGUCUUUUUCUUGGAUCCGGCUUCCUUCGGACGUACAUCCUUUUCUUUCUUUUGCGUUUUGGCUGCAGUUUCCUGUCUGACUGCUUUUUCCUUUAUUUUGCUUUCAGAAGGACUCCUGGCCAGCUGUAGAAAAAACAAAGUGGUGUCAAGAGUUAUAUCUGGAAUUUAUCACAGGCCAAGCAAAAGAAAAAAACCAAGAGAAAAAAAAACAAAACAUCUUAAUCUGUCAAUACCUUUUUCUUGUCUGUGUAAUCGUGGUCAUCUUCUUUCUUUAGUCUCUUUUUUACCUUGGGUGACUUUGAAUCUACGAUGAGCAAAAAAAGAUGACACCCGUCAGAUGCAUUGACUGUUCUCAGAUACAUUUCAGUGCUCAGUAUGAUGUAUUCAAAUUAUUACAUACCUUUAGGUGCCAUGGGGCCUGGAUCUCCCUGGAGUUAGAACAGUACGUAUUAGUAUCAGUGACAUAAAAUCUUGUGCCAGAGAUGAAUAUGUAGGAUUUUGCUUUAACUCACCUUGAACCACAUAGUUCUGCCAUUGUGGUCGCGGAUAGAUUUCAUUCCAUCCACGUAGUAACACUGCAGCCAUGCCUUGAAGUCAGAGUAGUCUGCCUUCUCGGGAUCGUAGCCCUUUCCACCUAAGUCACAAAAUGUGUCAAACAUCAGAAGGCAUUUCACAAGAUCCAAAAGGAAACUGUACCAGUCUCUGAAUAAGGAUGAAGCCUUUCACACUAAAUGAACGCUAAAACAAUCUCAGAGUCGACUUUCAGAGUGGACCAGACAGUCGAAACGUGAUAACCCACCCAGGUUCACCACCUCCAGAGGUACUGUAUGACACAGUCUGAGCAGGUCACCCGUCUCCCCUUUCACCCCUCUCUUUUUAGCGCCUUCUGAGGUCUUUUGGCAGGGAUAAAGAGAGGCCGUGUUAGAGAAGUGAUUGUGAUUGAGGAUCUAAUAAUCUGAAAAAUGUGUUCCUCUGUUUGUGCUCUUUCACCUUUGUGUGUUUGAUCUCAUGUUUCACAGGCUUGUUGCGUUCACACAAAUCUUCUGAGCCAAGGCCUUCCAGCACGCUCCUGGCGGGCACGAAGGGCGGAAUGUUCAACCUUAAAAACGAUUACACUACAUUAGAACCCUUCUUUUGUAAAACAAGAAAGGGUCUUUUGUUUUCGCUUUCUGAAUCAUCGUGUCUCCCCACGGGAAGUAAGACGUUGAGAAUUGAAAGAAACCACUCAUUUCAUGUCUGAGGGAAACAGACCUUGAAAAACACACGGGCUGGUGCUGUGUUUGGGUCGUGCUUUUCAACAAAACAAAAACGCACCAUCCGGCAAACUAGAACCUCACAGGAACAGUGCGUUACAGAAAUAUAGGAAACCUCUAUAGUCCCCAAGGUUUGACCAUGCCCAUCAUAUAAAAGAAGCACUAAGGUGACGACAUUCUUGUUUCCUUCUUACUAAUCUCAAAAUACCUUUUUGUUUCGUUGUGAACAAUGUAUAAACCUACUAUUAAUAAAGGUCAGUGACAGGCUUUCUGCCUUUUAUACA